AUGGCAUCCUACGCAACUGCUGAGCCUCAGUUCGUCGAGGCAAACGGCACGCGAUUUGCCUAUCUUCGCUUUGGCUCGCCUGCCAAGAACACCACCCCUCUAGUGUUUCUUCAGCAUUUUCGAGGCACCUUUGACCACUGGGACCCUGAGUUGAUUGAUCCCAUUGCGGCUAGCCGUGAAGUCAUUCUUCUAGACAACUCCGGUGUUGGCAAAAGCAACGGCACAGUCCCUGGCACUUAUGCCGGAUGGGCUGAUAAUGUGGCCCACGUUGUCAAGGCGCUUGGAAUCCCUCAGAUCGACCUGCUGGGCUUCUCCAUGGGCGGCUUUGCAGCUCAGAUGGUGGCGCUCAACCAUCCCACUCUUGUUCGCAAGCUAAUCCUGGCCGGAACUGGCCCCAGUGCCGGUGAAGGCAUUGAGGGUGGUGAUCCGGUCAUUUUUGGACGUCUUGCUUCGGCUUCAAAUGAUGCAGAGGAGCAGAGCGGCUUCUUGGAGGGCUUUUACUCCCUGACGCCCAAUAAGCAAUCCCAAGGCGGAAACUGGUGGAAGCGAAUGACAACAGCUCGCCAGAACAGGUCUGACUAUGUUGGACCUGAGAGCACCAAGGCUCAGAUCGACGCUGUUCUUCGUUGGACAAACCCUGAGUAUGCAUCUGAGGGCUCAUACAACCGCCUGCCCGAGAUCAAGAUCCCCGUCCUCGUGGCCAACGGCGACAACGACAUCAUUAUCCCCACAGUCAACAGCUGGAUCAUGUUCAAGAGACUGACGAACGCUGAUGCCCACCUCCACUUAUACCCGGAUGUGGGACAUGGGUUCUUGAACGAGUAUGCAAGCCAGUUCUCUGGCUUAGUCAACCAGUUCUUAGACGUUUGA